CCCUCUCCUCUCCCAUCUCCUCAUCAUCGGAAACCCUAGCCCCAGACCUCUCCCCUUCUCUCCCUCGAACCCAUCCAUGGAUUGCUCCACCAUGAUUCCUGACCUCUUGAAACGCAUCUCUGACAAGCUUCCUUGCUGCCUCGAUUACUUCCAUUUCCGUCUGGUUUGCACCCACUGGCGCUCCGCCGCCCGACCCAAAAAAUUCCCACCCAUUUUUAUCCUCCCAUCCAAUUCCGACUCCGCCGAGCUCCGCUUCUUCGACCGCUCCGACGGCGGCGUCCACCCCCUCCGCCGGCUGGAGUCAACCCGGAACAAGACCAUCUGCGGCGCGUCGCGCGGCUGGCUCGCCCUCAUCGACGAUACCACCAAGUCCAUUUCCCUCGUCAACCCUAUAACCGGAGUCCAAUACCCCCUCCCUCCCGCCCCCCAAGAGCUCGACUUCGACUUCCACGAGUUGAUGAAGGAUCACUACAUCAGCGAUGUGUUCAUGUCAUCGGUACCAAACUCGGGCUCCGAGUGCAUAGUGAUGGCUAAACAAAGUGGCUUCGAACGGUUCGUCUUCUGCUGGCCUGGCGACGCUGUGUGGACUCCCCUCCGGACUUCCUAUGAAAUCUGCGAAGUUGUUGCAUUCUGGAACGGCAGAUUUUAUGCCGUGGAUCAUGAUGAAGAUGUCUUGGCCCUCGAGUUUGGCUCUCGUGAUGAAGGUAUCAUGCUAUCGAGCCAGUUACGCUGCCGUUUUGCUCCAAGCCAUGCAAACUUCUGGAAUGUAACGGUGAGCUGCUGCUGUUGUAUGUUAAUCUGGAUGGUGAAGAGGAUCCCUUAAUUUAUAAGUGUGAUGAUUCGAGAGAGAACUUGACAUGGUCCAAGGUUGGUAGCUUGGGCAACAACACCUUGUUCUUGUCCCAUGAUCUCUGCACAGGAUUUCUUGGCCAUGAGCUCCAUGGAUGCAAGGGGAAUUGUAUAUAUCUCUCUAAACCUGGUUGUAGAGAACAUGGAGAGGAUCACCACAUCCAGAUGAUGGACAUAACAGAUGGAGUUUCACACAUCCUAUUGUCUCAUUGGCUGUUGCAGCGGCCACGAUCAUCUCCAUGAUGCAGGACUCAGUACAUUCAGCUACAUGAUGACUUAUCAAAUCACAGUAACAACCAAUUCUAACCUCAUGCAUGAGGAGCUUAAAUGGACUGGAUAAUGAUGGGAACUCUACUUUAAAGGGAAAGGAAGAUUUUCAUAAGCCAUCCUAUUGUUAUGAUGCAUGUUAUGUAAUGAUCCCAAGUACUGUGUUGUUGUAUAGGCUUAUUGUCGCUGGUAUAACCAUCCUUGGUGACUUUAUUGAUUGCUGAUUGAGGAAUGUGGGGAUGGUCCUCUCCUACAUGAUUUCUUUGUUUAAUUUACUUUUGCUCCUAUGCAUGUGUUUAUG